GAUUAAGAGCAGGGGAGGGAGUAGGUGACACCAUUUCAGAAGACUUUGAUGCACAAGAUGGUGCAUUCAUCUCAAGAGACAAGAAGGAUCCAACAUGGAGCAGCUGCAAGGCCUCACAGGAACACCUGCCUGGGCGUCCUCCUCCUGGCAUUUACAAGGCAUCAAUUAUUUGGAAGGGCUCAGCGCAGCGUGGGUGCCCAGGGAUCCACUGCCAGAGUGUGGGGAGAGCAGAGGCCAAGACCCCAGCGACAUGGACCACACCAAGGGCGGCCUGGUUAUCUUCACCGCCAACUCGCACCCCGCGAGUCGCGAAAUGGGGAAGAGGAUUGCAGAGCGAUUAGGGGUGGAGCUUGGGAAAGUGCAGGUUUACCAAGAACCCAACAGAGAAACGCGGGUACAGAUUCAAGAGUCCGUGCGAGGGAAGGAUGUCUUUGUGAUUCAGACGGUGUCCAAAGAUGUGAACACAACCAUCAUGGAGAUGCUGAUCAUGGUGUACGCAUGCAGGACGUCUUGUGCGAAAAGCAUCACCGGCGUCCUCCCGUACUUCCCUUACAGCAAGCAGUGCAAGAUGAGGAAGAGGGGCUCCAUCGUCUCCAAGCUUAUCGCUUCCAUGAUGUGUAAAGCAGGGCUCACACACCUCAUCACUAUGGACCUCCAUCAGAAAGAGAUUCAAGGCUUUUUCAACAUCCCAGUGGACAACCUCAGAGCGUCGCCCUUCUUGCUACAGUAUAUCCAAGAAGAGAUCCCUGACUAUAGGAAUGCCGUGAUUGUGGCCAAAUCCCCUUCAUCUGCCAAAAGGGCUCAGUCGUUUGCCGAACGCCUGCGUCUCGGUAUCGCAGUGAUCCACGGUGAAGCUCAGGAUGCUGAGUCCGACCAGGUCGACGGACGACACUCCCCGCCCGCUGUCAAGACCACUGGAGCCAUCCAUCCCAGCAUGGACAUACCAUUGUUGAUUCCUAAGGAGAAACCUCCCAUCACGGUGGUAGGAGACGUAGGAGGACGCAUCGCCAUCAUCGUGGAUGACAUCAUCGACGACGUCGACAGUUUUGUGGCAGCCGCAGAGACGCUGAAGGAACGAGGCGCCUACAAGAUCUUCGUCAUGGCGACACACGGCAUCCUCUCUUGCGACGCCCCCAAGUUCAUCGAGGAGUCCGCCAUCGACGAGGUGGUGGUGACCAACACCAUCCCCCACGAGCUGCAGAAGCUGCAGUGUCCCAAGAUCAAAACGGUGGACAUCAGCAUGAUCCUGUCGGAGGCCAUCCGCCGCAUCCACAACGGCGAGUCCAUGUCUUAUCUUUUCCGCAACAUCGGAGUGGAUGAUUGAACAAUGUGCGACACACACACACACACACACACACACACACUGUUACAUUUGCCUUGUCAGACCUCAAAGCGUGCACUGAAUACACGCGCGCACACACACACACACACACACACACACACUGAUGUUAAAAAGUUGUUACUUACCGAGUAGAUCCACACUGAUUUAUGUGCUUAAUUCUAUCUGUCCUCUUGUUUCCUACUGCUUCUUUACUUCCUCUCCACGUAUUAGUACUUUUCUCAACAAAGUUUUAUGUCAGAGGCACAUUUUAAUCUUUAAUAACCCAAUUUCCAACAAACGUCGUAUAAAUCGUCGCUCUGACAGAUUUUUUAUUUUAACGAGAGCAGCUCCCAAGUUCUUGAGGAAAUUUGGUUAAAAAGGCAAAGGUUUUGUCCAUUCUUCUCCAUGCCGACCGCUGACGACACACUCGUACAUCUUUGCAAAUUUGUGAGUUUCAUUCCAAACUAAUUGCUCGCCAUGAAUGUCCUCAAGGGAAGAUUGUACCACAAGUGUGCCAGCGCCUUCGCCAGGACGCAACUUUUACACGUCUUCGCCAGCUGAUAAUAAAUCAGGUUUCAUUUUGAUUCUGACAAGAACUGCUGCUUUUUUUAAAUUUAAGUCUAUUUCUGUUGAAUUUGUGUCAAAUACUGUCUUGACUGCUGAGGCGUACUUCACGCACAAGCUAGUGUUUUUGUGUGUCGUUGCCAUAGUUACAGCUUGUGUCUUAAGUUGAACUGGAAUUGAGAGGCGUGUGGGUUUAAGACUGCAUAUCUAUGUUAUCUCCAACGCCAUCAAGAUGGUCCAAGUUCUAUCAGUUGUCCACCUAAGGUCUUGUUCACACUGCAGGGCAUUGCGAUUUUUUUUACCCGUAUGCCACCUGUAUCGGAUUCAUUCAUGUCCGUGUGACCGGUGCAAAUCUGAAUUUUUCAUAUCUGAUCAAGGCCUCUUUCGUACGUGGAUUUAAAUGAGAUAUACAGUACAGGCCAACAGUUUGGACACUUCAAUUCCAAGGAAUUGAUACACUUUUAGAUUCACAUUUCUUAUACCAACACUCAAAAACUGCACCGAUACCAGCUUUUUUCAGUAUCAUUAGCACCGAAGAGUCGGAUAGACGCGACUCUUCUUGCUGCGUGAGCACGAGCAGUCUGCCGUCCUAAAAAAGUCCACCAGUAUUACCUACAGCAGUGGUUCUCAAAUGGGGGUACGCGUACCCCUGGGGGUACUUGAAGGUAUGCCAAGGGGUACAUGAGAUUUUUUUUUUAAAUAUUGUAAAAAUAGCAACAAUUCAAAAAUCCUUUAUAAACCUAUCUUUUUUUUCCAAAUAGUUCAAGAAAGACCACAACAAAUGAGCAAUAUUUUGCACUGUUAUACAAUUUAAUAAAUCAGAAACUGAUGA